AAUGUCAGUUUCCUGCGACAUGGAAUUCUCCUCAUACCCAUUCGACACUCAGGAUUGCCACGUAGAGUUUGGAAGCUACGGUUACAACAUGACCGAGAUGAUCUGGGACUGGAUGUCGGCAAACGGAAGCAUCUACUCGAACGACAAACUGUCGCGAAAGAACUUCAGAAUUACCAUCAAGAGAAGUAGCCACGUUUCAAGAUGCUAUGGUGAACACGAAGAGGACUGCUACGCCAACGUGGCGGUGACAGUACACCUGCAGCGACGCACCAUGUUCUUCCUGUGGCACACGUUCCUGCCGUGCGUGCUGCUGGUGGCCACCUCCUGGCUCAGCAUGCUGCUGCCGCCGGAGGUCAUCCCAGGCCGUAUGGUGCUUUGCAUCACCUCCCUGCUGGCCCUGCUCACCAUGUUCACCUCGAGUCUCACCGGCCUGGAAGUGUCGUACAUCCGAGCCAGCGACAUCUGGUACGUGGGCUGCCUGGUCUUCGACUUCCUCAUCAUUCUGGAGUACGUCGUCCUCAUUUUUAUCCAGCGCGAGAGGAAAGCAGAAGAUGGGCCGACCUGGGCCCGCCCGCGUCAUAUCCACCCAGCUGAGAAGCUGACGAAGAAGAGCCUGAGCCGCGCGUCGCUGGGCUCCUCGGCCCGGUGGCGCGACGUCGACCCGGCGCGCAUGGACCGCGUCAGCCGCUGGGCUCUAGUCGUGCUCUUCGCCUCCUUCGCCUUCGGCUACUGGUGCUACUACUGCCUCUAGGCUGGAGACACCGCGCCGGAAAAGGAUGGAAUCCAGCCACGAUGUGUACCCUGAUAUCGCCUAUGUGCUCAGAAAGGUAAUCAGGAACGUUUGUGAUCAGCAACAGGAGCAGCUGCUGCGAACUAGAUCACACCAAUUGGUGACCAGAAACAGGAGCAGCUGCUGUGAACUAAACCAUGACGAUUGGUGAUGAGGAACAGGAGCAGCUGCUGCGAACUAGACUAUGACGAUUGGUGAUGAGGAACAGGAGCAGCUGUCGCGAACUAGACCAUGACAAUUGGUGAUGAGGAACAGGAGCAGCUGCUGCGAACUAGACCAGGACGAUUGGUGAUGAGGAACAGGGGCAGCUGCUGCGAACUAGACCAGGACGAGCACACUUCGCCAGGAUUCGACAUGCUGAGGCAAACGCGUGUGAGAAGUUGAAGGCCGUUUGCCUGUGGGCUAUUAACAUGUGUAGCGCUAGAGACAAUGUGGCAUAUGAUUUGUUUGCGAGACUUUGACUAGGAAAGCACAUUAACGCACGUCAGUGCGUUCCGCCAGUGAUUAUGGAUGCAUGCUGCACUUGCUUGUGCCUACCCACAUGUGUUUGACCCGACCAAAGAAGUCCCUUUUGGUUAUGCAAAAAUACACUUU